UCACCAAUCAGGCAGCUCGCUAGCGAUGUCAUCCUUCUCUGUUGCCGUUGUGACUGCUCUCCUUUUCUGCCUGGCCGCCCAUGGCUGCUGCGCCCCUCCUCCUUCUUCUCCGCCCUGCGCGAACCCUCCUCCUACCCCGGUCACCACUCCACCUCCCUACGUGGCUCCUAGUCCACCCGCGCCCGAUUCUAGCGCCAACGGCACCAAUGCCGACACCGGCGGCUGGCUGGACGCCAGGGCCACCUGGUACGGCGCGCCUACCGGCGCCGGGCGGGACGACAACGGCGGCGCCUGCGGAUUCAAGAACGUCAACCUGCCACCUUUCUCCGCCAUGACAUCUUGCGGCAACCAGCCGCUAUUCAAGGACGGCAAGGGAUGCGGCUCAUGCUACCAGAUACGGUGCGUGACCCAGAACCACCCGGCCUGCUCCGGCGUGCCGGAGACGGUGAUCAUUACGGACAUGAACUACUACCCGGUCUCCCGCUACAACUUCGACCUCAGCGGCACCGCCUUCGGCGCCAUGGCGCUGCCGGGCCGGAACGACCAGCUCCGCCACGCUGGCAUCAUCGACAUGCAGUUCAAGAGGGUACCGUGCCAGUACCCGGGCCUCACGGUGACAUUCCACGUGGAAGAUGGGUCAAACCCGUAUUACCUAGCGAUCCUGGUGGAGUACGAGGACGGCGACGGAGACGUGGUGCAGGUGGACAUCAUGGAGUCGCGGCCAGACACCUCUAGCGAAUACGGCAUGUCACCCACGGGGGAGUGGGUGCCAAUGAAGGAGUCGUGGGGGUCCAUAUGGAGGAUGGACACACGGCGGGCCAUGCAGGGGCCCUUCUCGUUGCGCAUCACCAACGAGUCCGGGAAGGCGCUCAUCGCCAACAAGGUCAUCCCCGCCGACUGGGAGCCCAACGGCAUCUAUAGCUCCACUAUCCAGUUCGACUGAUUAUUUAGUCAACCCUACGUUUUGAAAAGCUAAACCAGCUUUUUCGAACAUCUUAAUUAGUAAAUGGAGGGGGUAGGUAUGUAAGUAUAUCUAUCCAAACUAUGAUGUUGAUGAACUAUAUGUAUGCACGUGUGGCUAUACUAGUGACCUCUCCGUGAGUUGGUUGAUUUU